AUGGCUGCCAAGACCAAGACCGACAUCACCCUCUACACCGUGGGCACGCCCAAUGGCAUCAAGGCCUCCAUCCUGCUCGAGGAGCUCAACCUCGACUACAAGGUCUACAACAUCAAGAUGAUGGAAAACGAGCAGAAGGAGCCCUGGUUCCUCGAGAUCAACCCCAACGGCCGCAUCCCCGCCAUCACCGACAAGUUCACCGACGGCGAGCAGAUCCGCGUCUUUGAGAGCGGCGCCAUCCUUGAGUACCUCGUCGACCGCUACGACACGGAGCACAAGGUCUCGUACCCGCGCGGCUCCCGGGAGUACUGGGAGACGUCGAGUUGGCUCAUGUGGCAGAUGGGCGGUCUGGGUCCCAUGCAGGGCCAGGCGAACCACUUCAAGCGUUAUGCACCGGAGCAGAUUCAGUACGGCAUCGACCGCUACACCAACGAGACCCGCCGCCUGUACCGCACCAUGGAAACCCAACUCGCCAAGUCAACAUCCGGCUUCCUCGUCGGUGACAGAGUCACCAUUGCUGACAUUUCCUGCUGGGGAUGGGUCGCCGCCCACAAAUGGUGCGGGAUCGACCUCGACGACUUCCCUCACCUGGAGAAGUGGCUGUACAAGCUCUUGGAGCGCCCAGGCUUCGAGGCGGGCCGCAACGUUCCCACUCCGCACACCGCGUUUGAGAACAACAAGCUGACUGAGAAGGAGCUCGAGGCCAAGGCGGUUUCAUCCAAGGCUUGGAUCCAGGCCGGCAUGAAGGAAGAUGCUAAGAAAUAA